AUGUCGCUGGAACCAUCGUCCUCGGCCCCGGCCGGCGAGGUCGGUGCCGGGUACUGGGCGGCACGGGAGGAGGCCGCCGCGGCUCGUGUUGAUGACGAGCUCUCCGAGGAGCAGUUUCAGGGCAACAGACAGAUACAGGAAGAUGAGCUGCUGGCACUGCAAGCCAUCUAUGGGGAUGACAUGGUCAACUUUGACAGCCUGGACGGCCUUCGUUGUUUUCAGAUAUCUCUGCACUAUCAUCUUCAAGGUGAGAUUCAGGUGUACAUGAACGUCGGCACCAACGAAACCACCGAAACCGGAGACGAAGGCGACGAUGAGGACGCCGACGACGGGCUCCUGUACGCUUGCAGCCUGCGGCAUCUGCCGCCCAUAACGCUAACCUGGCUGCUACCGCGGUCGUACCCGAGCACCCGCGCCCCCUACUUCGCGGUCGCGGCGAAGUGGCUGGACGAGCCGGAGCUGCCGGGGCAAGAAGUGGUGUUCAGGUGGGCGGACUGGCUGAGCGGCUCGUCCUGGUCUUGCAUCGCCUCGGAUGACCAGAUGGUGCUGGGUCCGGACGCGAGCUCGGCUGGUGAAGAUGAGCGCGCCAUUGGCAGGAGCCUCAUCCUUGAUUCCACCAUCCCUCUGAUGCACAUAUAUAGCGAAGAGAGGUCGCAGGAGACGUUUGAUCAGAGCGUCCACGAGUGCGGAGUCUGUCUCAGUGAAAAUACUGGCAGAAACUUCAUCCGGCUCCCUUGUGAUCACUCCUUCUGCGUCAAGUGCAUGGAGUCCUACUACGGCAUCCACGUGAAGGAAGGCAGCGUGACCCGGCUGGCGUGCCCGGGCCCGUCGUGCCGCGCCCCGCUGCCACCGCCCGUGCUGCGGCGCCUCCUCGCCGACGAGGGCUACACGCGGUGGGAGUCGCUGGCGCUGCGGAGGACGCUGGACACGAUGCCCGACGUGGCCUACUGCCCCCGGUGCAACGCCGCCUGCGUCGCGGCCGGCGACGACGCGCAGUGCCCCGCGUGCUUCUUCACCUUCUGCGCGCGGUGCGGGGAGCGGCGCCACGUCGGGGACGCCUGCGUCCCCGCCGAGGACAAGCUCGACGACCUGCUGGUACGCGAGCGGCAGAAGCUGAAAGCUUCGGCGAGGGAGGAGCAGCGGUCGGAGGCGCAGCGGCUGCGGGAGCAGCGGAAGGUGGAGGAGCUGCUGAGCCUGCGGGAGGUGCUCCGCAGCACGAGGCAGUGCCCGGCGUGCCGGAUGGCCAUCGCCAAGACGGAGGCCUGCAACAAGACGGUGUGCGACAACUGCGGCACCUUCUUCUGCUACCGCUGCAGCCGCGCCAUCAGCGGCUACAAGCACUUCGUCAACGGGGAGUGCGGGCUGUUCGAGCGCGUCGGCAGGGGGAGGCUCCCGGGGCAGCAGGCGCGGGUGGGCAACCAGGACCUGGACGAGGACGUCGAGAUCGAGGAGCCUGGGUGGAUGCGGGCGCUCAGGUACACGUGCCCCACCUGCGGCGCCAAGCGCACCAAGGCGGGCGCCAACAACCUCCUGGUGUGCCGGGCGUGCCACACGCGGUACUGCGCGCUGUGCUGGAAGAGGGUCUGGGAGGUCUCCCAGCACUACGGGCCCUGGGGUGAUUGCCAGCAGUGCAGCUGA